UGUUCUGCUCUCCUGCCGCUCGGUGAUCGACUAGUCUUGUCGGUAACCCGCAGCUUCUUACAGUGUUAGCGGCGUUAGCAUCCCUACAGUCUCUUCUUAUACAGAACUACUUGCUACUAUCAACAACUGCCGCCCUCAGACUCGACAUGUCCACAGCGCUGGAGACCUACAUCAACCGGACCGUCGCCAUUGUGACCUCGGACGGCAGGAUGAUCGUGGGCACGCUGAAGGGUUUUGACCAGACCAUCAACCUGAUCCUGGAUGAGAGCCAUGAGCGUGUGUUCAGCUCCUCUCAGGGGGUGGAGCAGGUGGUGCUGGGGCUCUACAUCGUCAGGGGCGACAACGUGGCGGUGAUCGGAGAGGUGGAUGAGGAGACGGACUCUACAUUGGACCUCGGCAACAUAAGGGCUGAGCCACUCAACUCCGUGGCCCAUUGACCCCCCCCCCCCCCUUUAACCUCUCCUGAGGUGUGUGUGUGUGUGAGUGUUUUUGGAUGUUUUCUUUUAUAAAUAAAGUUGAGGAUUUGA